AUGCAGGGCCACUACGAGCCUGCUGCGAGUCAGGUAGAACGCGUGGGCGAGGCGGAGAACCCUGUAGAGCCGGUAGAACGCGUGGAGGAGGCCACCACGACGCUCAGUCACAAGGAGCAGAGUGAUGGUCUCUCCAAGCUCGAGAGCAAGUUCCUCAAGCGUGUGGACACUACCGAGAUCCGCAAGUACCACAGAGCCUACGCCAGCGUCCCCCACCCGGCGGGCAGCCACCAGGACUACAAGACGGCGCUGUUCACGGCCGAGCAGUUCGAGUCCUUCGGCAUCAAGGCCGAGAUCGUAGAGUACUAUCCGCUGCUGUCGCUGCCCAUCCACCGCCGCUUGAGCAUCCUGUCGCCACCUGAAGCGGCUCGUGAGCUGAACUUGACGGAGGACUCCGUGCCUGGAGACUCGUGCACCAGUAAUGAGGACGCCCUGCCCCCCUUCCUGGGGUACUCGGACUCGGGCAAUGUCACGGCCUCGGUGGUGUACGUCAACUACGCGCGACCCGUGGACUUUCAGUGGCUCAAGGACAACAAUGUCACAUUGGAGGGCAAGAUCGCGCUCGUACGAUACGGCGGCAACUUCCGCGGACUCAAGGUGAUGCUGGCAGAGCAGCACGGUAUGGCGGGCGUGCUCAUCUACUCAGACCCACUGGAUGAUGGCUACGCGCAAGGACCAGUGUACCCGGACGGCCCGUGGCGCCCGGAGGGAUCGUUCCAGCGCGGAUCGGUGCAGUACAACUCGAUCUCCGGUGGUGACCCGCUCACGCCCGGCUUUCCGUCGCUGCCUGGUGAGCCGUACCUGAGCAAGGAACAGUGCAAGACCAUCCCGCAUAUCCCGACCCUGCCGCUUUCCUACGGCCAAGCUCGAUACAUUCUCGAAUCUCUGAGCGGGAAGAAGGCUCCUGAGGCGUGGCAGGGUGCGCUUAACCUUGGCAACGGGGCUUACUUUGUGGGUGACGACGAAGCCACGGUGUUGAAUCUUGAUGUCGCCAUGGACAACAGCAUCGGACCCAUUUGGGACGUCAUCGGUACCAUUGAAGGCGCGGAAGAACCUGAUCAGAUGGUGCUGAUCGGCAACCACCGCGAUGCUUGGGUGUGCGGUGCCGUCGAUCCGUCGAGUGCCUCUGCAGUUAUGCUGGAGAUUGCUCGUGGGCUGGGUGACUUGCUCAAGGAUGGCUGGAAGCCUCGCCGUACUCUCGUUAUUGCUUCGUGGGAUGGAGAAGAGAUGGGCUUGCUGGGAAGCACUGAGUUUGCGGAGGACCACGCCGAGUUGCUCAAGAAGCAGGCGGUGGCGUACGUCAACGUGGACUACGUCGUUGGACCCUUUGUGAGCACGGGCGGCACACCAUCCAUUGCGAAAUUCUUGCAGGAUACUGCCCAGCUCAUUCCAGGCAACCCGUUCCAUGGUAUUGAGGUCUCGGAAAGUCUGUACGAGCAGUGGGUGAGUCAGACGGCUAUUCGGCGAUCAAGUCUCGCAGUUGGUGCUGACGAUGGCACUCUGGCUCCGGACCAUUUGAUCCAAUUUUUGGGCUCUGGCACCGACUUCACGGCGUUCUACCAGCACCUGGGCAUCAUAUCUGCUAACCUCGGCUACACUGUCGGUAGUGUAAUGUACGGCACGUACCACAGCACCAUGGACAGCAUCCCGUACAUGGAAACCGUAGGUGAUCCGCACUAUGCUACGCACACCACGAUCGCGAAGUGGUGGGGGUUGAUCACUCUGCGAUUGGUGGACAACGAGAUUGUGCCGUUCGACUUCUCUACGUACGGUCUGGUGAUGAAGGAAGACUUGGCUGGUUACGAGAAGAUCACCGGGAAAAUGGGCCGCAUCGUCGACUACUCGGCUCUCCACGAAGCAAUUGAGACGUUCACCACCAACGCUGAAGUUUUCCAGGCCCGAGUUGCUGAGUUUUCCGAGAAGGCUGCCAAAAAGAAAGAGAGUCACAAGAGUGAGGCGGAGCGUCACUUCUUGAACGAGAAACUCGUAAGCCUUGAGCGAUUCCUGAUUUCGGACGCGGGAUUGCCGCACCGACCAUGGUUUAAGCAUAUGAUCUUCGGACCGGGAUUCUACGAGGGCUACAAGGGAGCUGCUUUCCCUGGUAUCUCGGACUGCAUCGUGUUUGAGGAUGACGACGCAACAAUCCAAACGCACGUCAACGAUGUCGCUGCUGUCAUCAACACCGCAGCAGCUUAUCUGACGUCCGCUUAA